AUUUUUACAGAUUUGAAGGCCACUCAUACAUCUCAGUUUUACAGUGUAUCCUCAAAACCUUUGGAUUACAGAAUCCUGCUAAUGGAUGAAGAUCAAGACCGCUUAUAUGUGGGCGGUAAAGAUCACAUUCUGUCUCUCAAUGUAAACAGUAUUAACCAGAAUCCUCUUGCUGUUCACUGGCCAGCAUCGAGCAAUAAAGUGGAUGAAUGCAAAAUGGCUGGCAAGGAUCCAAAUAAUGGUUGUGGUAACUUUGUUCGUGUCAUACAAGUUUACAACCGAACUCAUUUAUUUGUUUGUGGAAGUGGAGCAUUUAGCCCCAUCUGCACAUAUAUCAACAGAGGCCGCAAGUCUGAGGAUCAAAUAUUCACAAUAGAGUCAAAGAAUGAGUCUGGAAAGGGCCGUUGCUCAUUUAACCCUCAGGUUAAGACAGUGUCCUUUAUGAUCAAUGAAGAAUUAUUUUCAGGAAUGUAUAUAGACUUCAUGGGCACUGAUGCAGCAAUAUUCCGCAGUGUGACAAAAAGAAAUAGCAUAAGAACAGACCAGCACAACUCCAAGUGGCUAAGUGAACCUGUGUUUGUGGAUGCCCAGAUCAUUCCUGAUGGCACAGACCCAAAUGAUGCAAAAUUGUACUUUUUCCUUCGGGAGAAGGUGACUGAUGAUAAUGGUAAUACCAAGCAAAUUCUCUCCAGGAUUGCCAGAAUAUGUCCUGAUGUAUUUUUAUUAGAAACAGAAUAUCCCAAAAGUCUCCUUGUCUAUGGACUGUUCACCUCUUCAAGCUCAAUAUUUAAAGGUUCAGCUGUGUGUGUUUAUAAUAUGCUUGAUAUUCACACUGUGUUCAAUGGACCAUUUGCUCAUAAGGAAGGACCAAAUCAUCAAUAUGUCCCAUACCAAGGCAGGAUUCCAUACCCAAGGCCUGGCACAUGCCCCGGAGGAGCCUUUACACCAAACAUAUUGUCAACGAAGGAUUUCCCAGAUGAAGUGGUUACAUUCAUCCGAAGCCACCCCAUGAUGUAUAAUGCGAUUUAUCCAAUCAAUAAACACCCUCUGAUUGUAAGGAUUAAUGCUGAUUACAAGUACACCAAAAUUGUAGUUGACCAAGUGAGGGCUGCAGAUGGAAGAUACCAUGUUCUCUUCCUUGGCACAGAUAAGGGAACUAUCCAGAAAAUUGUUGUUUUGCCUAAAAAUGCAUCAGCUAAUGAAGAACUUAUUUUGGAAGAACUGGAAGUUUUUGAGAAUCAAUCAGCUAUCACAACAAUGAAAAUUUCAUCCAAAAAGCAACAGUUAUACGUGAGCUCAGAUGAAGGUGUUGCCCAGAUCUCUUUUCAUCGUUGCCACGUCUAUGGUACAGCAUGUGCUGACUGUUGUUUGGCCAGAGAUCCUUACUGUGCUUGGGACGGAAAGUCCUGCUCCAGGUUCUAUUUAACCGGUAAAAGGAGAAGCCGAAGGCAGGAUGUGAGACAUGGUAACCCAAUGACACAGUGCAGGGGUUUUAAUCUAAAAGCAUACAGAAAUGCAGUGGAAUCUGUGCAAUAUGGAGUGAAAAACAGCACGGCUUUCCUUGAGUGUACGCCAAAGUCACCCCAAGCUUCAGUUAAAUGGUUGAUGCAAAAAACAAAUGACAGAAGAAAGGAGGUAAAGCAAGAUGAAAGAAUUCUAGUGACCGAGCAUGGCCUACUGAUUCGUUCUGUACAAAAUGUUGACAGAGGGCUUUAUCACUGCAUUGCUACAGAGAACAACUUCAAAAGCACCGUGGUGAAAAUCAAGCUGAAAGUUGUGGAUCCAGACCACGUUAUCCCUAUAAUCAACAAAGGGACAUCGUGGACCUGGGGAGCUGCUCAUGGCCUCAGUGGUGUGCAACUUCUUCACAAGGACCUGAUAGGACUAUUCAGUUACUCUGAAAUGCAAGCAAUCAAUAAGUACUGUAAGGAGAGUUGGCAUCAGCAGAGACAGACUGAGAAGGGACAAUCAAUCAGAAUAGAUCACCCAAAACUAAAGGCACUUAUUGAUAGAAGAAAAAGUCGAAAUAGAAGAAACCAGUUGCCUGGUACUUAAGAACUGCCUUAUAUAAUAAUUAUUUGAUGGUAUGAAACUAUUUAAUAUGAACUGUACAAAAUACAGCUGUAGUCAUCUUGUUCAUCUUUUUAUCUUUACUCCUGAAUUUAGCUGUACUUGGGAAUGUCUGAACAUUCUGUGAUUAGCACAGCAUUUUAUACUGUAAUUUUUCUGUGCUAUCUAACAUCUUCAUCUUAUGUAAAGUCGAGACAUACAUUUAGAUUUAAUUCCUGUCUAUUUGUAAUAACUUGUAAGGAGGCCAUUUUCUAUUGGCCAGUUUUUAAUAGUAAACUAGUUCAAACCUGUUACUUACAUUCUGUAAACUAAAGCUGCUGUAAGCCUUUCAUUUUUACCUGACUUAUAUUUGGCUUCUGUGCCAAAGCCAAUGAGUUCCACAGCUCAUCCCAUGUGACUGAGCAGGUGGGGCCAAACCAUCAUGAAAAAUGUUAAAUUAAGUGUGGUGUGGUACUACUUCAGUUCUAAUGACCCGUGACUUCUCUUUUCUGGUAGGGGCUUGGAAGGUCAAAGGUAAUAUUGGACCUACACUUUAGUAUUAUAUUGAAUACUGUAAUAUAUGAGGAUGAUGUCAUUUUAAGUGCAAAACCUUGAAACAGCAUUAUCUUAAGCUGUUAAGAAUCUAAUUCUGUAAAUACCCAUUAAAUGUAUUGCAAUACAUUGGAAGAUGAGCUAUUGAACUGUAGAAGGAGACAUAUGUUAUGGAAAUAUGUUAUCUGGAAAACUUCAAAUUGCUCUACAACAGAAAUAAAAACAGAAAAUACUGGAAAUACACAGCAGAUCUGUUAACAUUUACAAGAAAAUUAAGAGUAGCAUUUUGUGCAGAUACUCUUCCUCCAAUUCCAUUGAAAGAUUUUUCCAAAAUGUUACACAUCUAUCUUUCGGAUAUCAAUUCUUCUGUUCUGCAUUUACAGCAGUGUCUGUUUCUAUUACAGACUUUUAGAAUUUAUUUUGCUUCUUAACAUUGUUACAGAUACGUGUUAAGAAAAUGAAAAUUACCAUUGCCCCUCGUAAUGAAAAUAAUUUACAAUAAAAAUUCAAAAAUAUUGGGCCAUUCUAAAAGCAAUUUAUCACUGGGUAAUUAAUGGAUUCUGAGACAAACCCCACUGAAUGACCCAUCUACGCAUCGAAUCUUGAGGUUCAUUGACUAUAGUAGCUGGACACAGCCCUGCAUAUCAUCAGCAACCAUAAAUGCCACAAAUACUGUCUCCAUCAUUCCUACUAGAAUUAAAACUACAGAGUGUAUAGAUGAAUGUUUCCUGAGAUUUUAUUGUAAAUGAAAUGUUUAAGCUAUUAUUUGAUAUGUUUAGGUGUUUUUUGGUAUGCUGUUAUGUGCAGGUUAAGUACAUAAGCUCUCAAAUUUAAACAUUUCUCUUCCACUUGCUAAUGCAAACAGCUAGUUAAUUUGAGUAGGAAGGAGAUCAAAUAUGAGUGCACAGUUUUUACUAAAGUUAAAUUGCUGUCAGAAUGUUAACAAAUUAAAGAAAAUGGAGAACUUGUUGUUCCUAACAAAAUGGCAGUUAAGGUAUAGAUGAAGUAUAGAUUAAACAUUUCUGUUGGACUAAUUUAUGUCAAGAAAACAUGACACAAUGUACUUUCAUGGUGAUGAUAAUAAACCUUCAAAGACACA